UUUCAAAAUUGGCUGUGAUUGGCAGAUUUUUAGAAGUAGGUUAAACAGACUUAUAGUUUGAAAACCUGAGUUAGUUGCCAUUAGUUAGGUCUGGAUUAUUGAGAUUUUUGUUGGGUUAUUGAAUUUAUGUUUUUACUGUAUUUUAGAACAUAAAUAAAAUGGAUGUGUAUUUUCAAUUUUUAAUAGAACUUAUUUCUAUUAAAUAGCACCUGUGGAACUUUCUCAAGAGGAACAAUUGUUGUGUGAAGGUAAGCAUCUACAAUAUGACUCUUUGAAUAUCUAAUUGAAAAAACAUUUAAGUUGUCUGUAGUGUAUAAAGCUAAAUAUUGUUUUGUAAAUAUAUAUUAUAUCUCAAUUUCUUGUCUAGGUUCAAAUUCAGCUGUUAGCAUGGAACUUUCAGAACCUGUUGAAAAUGGGGAGACAGAAAUGUCCCCAGAAGAAUCAUGGGAGCACAAAGAAGAAACCAGUGAAGCAGAGCCAGUGGGUGGCUCCUUGGGAGGUGGAAGGCCCCCAGAGGAAAGUGCCCAGGAGAUGAUGGAGGAGGAAGAGGAGAUACCAGAACCCAAAUCUGUGGAUGCACUGCCAGGCGCUCCUAAGAAGGAACACGUAAAUGUAGUAUUCAUGGGGCAUGUGGAUGCUGGCAAGUCAACCAUUGGAGGACAAAUAAUCUUACACACAUCAAAUAAUUCUUAUGAAGACACACAUCACAGUUUUCAGUCUGGGAAAGCAGAAUGGCGCGGACCAGAUUCCAGGGCAGACACCAGUGGAAACACUAAGGAUGCACCAAUGAAUGACCCAGCUCAUUCCAGCUUCGUGCCACCCCACAAGUCCAAAUGAAACUUACCAACGCAUCAGUAUCUUUGUCUGCUCAGGUUGCUGUAACAAAAUACCACAGACUGGGUGUCUUAUAAACAACAGAAAUUUAUUGCUCACCAUUCUGGAAGCUGAGAGUCCAAGAUCAGGGUGC